GUUAUGUUACGAUUGGUGAUUUUAUUUACGUGUAUUACUACAGAGACACUUUCAACUAAAUCAGUAUCUAUUCCUAACAUAGUAAUAAACGAAACAAGAACACUGUUUGAUAUGUUGGUGAUGACUAAUUCUUCAUUUGACCUUCAAACUGUAACAAGGAGAAACAUUACGAUUGUACCAAAAUAUAUAGAUUCCACAGAUUGUCCACAAGAUGAAACAUAUAAAAGGUGUGGUAGUUGUCCCCAGAGAUGUAAUAAAAUUAAACCGCAUUGUGCACGUAAAUGCUAUAGAGGUUGUUUUUGUAAAAAAGGAUUAAUAAGAAUGGAUAAACUAUCUCGAUGCGUUCACAAAGAUGUUUGUUUAAACAUAUUAGAGAAGAUGAACCAUAAACAAAAUUACGAAUACGUUGUAAAAUAUUUGUAAACAUACUUAUUACGAAAUUAAAUUGUAUGUAGG